AUGAGACUGUCGUUGGUAUUGCUGUAUCAAGUGAAGACAAAGCUUAAAAAACACGCCAAGCGACUGCGACGCAAGUCCUCACACAUAAGUUUUGGCUAUCAGCUGUUUCUCUAUCGCCAGGAGCUGCGACGCGCCAACACGGACUACUCCUAUCUGCGACUAUCCAGAGCCAAGAUUAUGCUUACAGCCGAGCUCAUAGCCAAGAACAUUGGCAAUUGCAACAAAAUGUGCAGCGUGGAUGAUCUGAAGAUGCUCAGCCGCGAGGUGCAGUUCAAGAAGCGUCUCUGCAAUCAGGUGCAGCGUCUCGAGCAGUUCCAGCAGCUGGGCCUAACCGAUGUCGUGCUCAAUGGCAAACGCACUGCGCUUUAG